AUGUUGGUUCCGGAAAAUCAGCAACAACGGAAUGGGCAUGUUAUUUCUAUGUACCUGGCAACUUGCGGAGCUAAUGGACAUUUACUAGGCUCCGACGAGAAGGAGAUUAUCUAUUUAGUAUUUGGUAUCAUCGAUUUACAAAUUAAAGAGAUUAUCGGAAUUAAACAAUAUCUAGUAAGGCCUAGUAGUGGAUUUCAAUGCAAUUCACUAAAAAGUCCAUCACCAAACACAAGUGCUGCUUCAUCAGAAAGUGGCAGUAUACCAUCCACAUCGUACACAGAGCCGCUGAUAGCUGAAGCUGUUUUACAAGCGAACGGAAGAGCGCUCAACGAUGUGAUUAAUGAUUUUGACACAUACCUACGUUCACUAAAAAUCGAUCAGAACAAUAUAUGUUUGGUGACCGAUGGCCAACAACCACUAAGGCAGUGCCUACAUCCCGAAUCUGGUGCCAAAGAUAUUCAUUUACCAUCGUAUUAUUGGAAAUUCAAUGAUUUAAGGAAGGAGUAUGGAUGCUCAAAGUCUGCUGAUUUAUCUAAUUCCACCGUACCAAUUGCUGACGUAAAGUUGCCAAAUAUGCCUGCUGUUUCCACAACUCAGUCAAUAUCAUUAACAGACAUUUUGAAUGAAAUGGAACUGAAACCUUGUGCAGAUAGCGAUUUUUAUAUCAAAGAAUCUAGAGAUAUGAUCACAAUUGUGCAAUCAAUGAUAAUUGCAGGUCACAAUUUUAAUCCGAAUGAGAUUGUCAAUCAAUCACUAGAACCUGGAAUUUGCUCAAUCGAUGAUGAAAUAGAUGGUAAUUGUAUAGUGCGUGCUAGAGGACUUCCAUGGCAAAGUAGUGAUCAAGAUAUAGCAAAAUUUUUCCGUGGUUUGAAUGUUGCUAAAGGUGGAGUUGCUUUAUGUUUAUCUCCACAAGGACGUCGAAACGGUGAAGCAUUAAUUAGAUUCGUUUCGCAAGAACAUAGAGACAUGGCACUUAAAAGACACAAGCACCACAUCGGAUCGAGAUACAUUGAGGUGUAUCGAGCCACCGGAGAAGACUUUUUGGCUGUGGCUGGUGGAGCUUCCAAUGAAGCACAAACAUUUUUAUCAAAAGGUGCACAAGUAAUCAUAAGAAUGCGAGGUCUUCCAUAUGACUGUACUGCUAAUCAAGUGUUGGAAUUUUUUGCAAAUGGCGAGAAUUCAUGCAAAGUGUUGGACGAAUCGGAAGGAAUUUUAUUUGUUAAGAAGCCUGAUGGACGUUCGACUGGUGACGCAUUUGUGCUAUUUUCUGACGAAAGUGAUGCACCGAAGGCUCUUUCAAAGCAUCGAGAAUCUAUAGGACAGCGAUAUAUUGAAUUGUUUCGUUCAACAAUAGCUGAAGUUCAACAGGUUCUCAAUCGCUCAAUGGAUCCGAAAACGUAUGAGCAAAAUACUCCAAAACCACCACUUAUUGCUCAAAUACCACCAACAAUCGCACAAAUGCCAAUGUUACCGCAACACGUUAUCACCAGUGGAACUGAGAAGAAUUGCAUUCGAUUACGUGGAUUGCCGUACGAGGCAAAAGUGGAACACAUUUUGCAUUUUCUUGAGGAUUUCGCCAAGCAUAUUGUAUAUCAAGGAGUACAUCUGGUUUAUAAUGCACAAGGUCAAUUUAAUGGAGAAGCUUUUAUUCAAAUGGACAGUGAGUCAGCAGCUCAGGCAUCGGCACAACAAAAGCAUCAUAAGCACAUGAUGUUUGGAAAGAAGCAGCGAUACAUCGAAGUCUUUCAAUGCUCAGGUGAAGAUAUGAAUAUGGUGUUGAAUGGAGGUUAUCAUCAAUAUCAAUCCUCGCCUACCAUUAGUGCUAAGCCAAUAUCAUCGGGAAAUUCGAUGCUAGCACCAGCAUUUCCAGGAUACAAUCAAUAUCCACAACCAACACCAAUUUAUUCAUCACCUCCACAAAUAUUCUACUUUGCUGGAUAUCCAAGUGGUCCGAUUUCUCCUACAUACAUUCAACCUUUACCAAUUCCCCCACAUGCAUUCCAUCAUUUCCCACCAGAUAGGCCUACUUUGUUUCCUCAAAUGGAUGUCGAAAUGCAAGUAAUUCCCCCAUCAACAUCAUCGCAAUCAUCUCCAUCAAUUCAGCAACAACAACAGCAGCAGCAGACACCACCAAUGAAACAACAUCAAAUGGCAUCGCCUGCAGGACAAUCAGUUCAACAGCAGCAACAACAGCCUUUACCAAAUCAAGUUAAAGUAACGACAAAUUUUAAUUUUCAAUAUGACGACAAUGGCAAUUUAGGACGUGUUGAUGUUAGUAAAGCAUUAUGCUAUCAAUCUCAAGAAAUUUCCAAUAAUGUAGUAACAAAAAAGGUUUUAGUGAUGCAUCAAAAGAAGGCACCAAUCCUUUUAACAGGACCAAAUAUUGAACAACAAGAACAAACAACACCGCAACAUUAUAUAGAUUGUAACAAUAAUAAUAUGAAUCCUCUUCCCCAACUUCAGUCGACUGUCAUUGACACAGCACAUUUACCGCCUCCUUCACAACAAAUAUUUACACCAAAAAAUAUGAACCCGCAGUUUAUACAGCCACCUUUUAUUAAUCAUCUCAACUGGAACCCGCAGUUUCAGUAA